GGAUGCGCGUCUCUCCUGCCUGGCCCUCUUUGUCCGGCGGCGACAGUAGGCCGUGAUUAAUAUGGCAAAAUGUGCGUGUUUGUAUCAAUUAUUAUUUUAAGCUGUACCACAACAGAAAGCAUAUACCGUGUGAGGACUGGUAUAUCGGCAAUGACACACUGGAGAGGUUCAUAUUAACGACUACAGAGCAAGCAACGGAGAAAGGUCAUAUUAAUGGCUGCCGAAUCGGGGAGACUCCUGGCAGGACAAGGCCAAGGAAAGCGAGGCAAAGGUGGACAGAUGAAGAGCCCAGAGAAGAAGAAGAGGAAAUCCAAUGCUCAGGGGCCUGGUGGCGCGUUCUCCCACCUCUCUGAGUUUGCGCCCCCUCCCACCCCCAUGGUGGACCACCUGGUUGCCUCCAACCCUUUUGACGAUGACUUUGGCCCCCCGUCACUGCCGUCCCGACCCGGUGGGGCUGGAGGUCCAGGAGGGGGUCCCUUCCUCCCCAGCCCCGGGGCAGGUGGAGGAGGAGGGCCRUAUGGGGGUGGAGGCAGGAUGGGCCCCGGGGGCAUGGGCUUCAUGGGGGGCCCCGGAGGACCCGUAGGAGGCCCUGGAGGUCCAGGUCGGAGACCGCCUUUCGGCCCAGGACCACCCAACGCAGGACCGCACCACCAGCUGGGCUUUGGGGGAAUGCCUGGCUUYGGGGGUGGAGGUGGUGGAGGAGGUUUCCCUGGGCCUGGGGGUCCGUCGCAAUUUAACAUGCCCCCCAAUUUCAGUCCCCCCAUGCACCCUGGACCAGCGUUCAACCCCAUGCUGUCCCCUGGUGGUAUGGGGGGUCCUGGAGGAGGGGGGCCACCACACCCUCGGUUUGGGAUGCCCCCGCAGCAACAGCACGGACAGGGUGGGCACCCCUUCAACAGCCCCCCUUUAACAGGUGGCGGMGGCCCCAGGGGACCCCCCCAUGGCCCCAUGACCCCCAUGGGGGGCAUGCCUGGAGGGAUGAACAUGAUGGGGGCCAUGGGAGGUGGCCCCGGAGGAAACAUGGGAGGGACGCCAAGUCUACCCCCUCAAGGACAGUUCCCUCCUUCACAAGAUGGGCCCUACCCAGGCCCCAGCCCCCCGGGCCCAGGAAAUGAGGAAGGGAAGAACUUUGGUGGAGGCGGGCCCCAGUCUGGGCCUCCUCAGCAGCAGCAGCAGCCUAACUUAAACUCCUCUGGUCCCCCAGGUCCCAACAACACUCCCCCCGGGCCUCCCAACUCUGGCCCUCCCCAGCCUGGAGGAGGCUUCCCUGGACACCCUGACCAGCAUCCCAACCCCAACACACCCGGCCAGCCCCCCUCAGCACCGCCCCAGCCCAACCCUAACUCCUCCCCCACCGGCCCCCUCAACGGAUCCCAGCCUCAGCAGCUGCCGCCGAAUCAGCUGCAGGGGCCCAACUCUACCAACACCCCCUCUUCCAAUAACCCAUCCCAGCAGCAGUCGACUCUGCCCAAUUCUGCCCCCGGCUCCACCCCUUACAACCAGCAGAACAACGCUCCUGGUGGAUGCCCCAUGCCCAAUGCUCCCCCCAACUCUGCCCAGAACAACUUGACCAACAGUGGGGGCAACACCCCCGCCAGCAACCCUAACCCCCCUUCCAAUUCCACUCCCAACACCCAGUCUCCGCUGCCCCCCGGCCCCGCCAACACCUCCACGGGCCCAGGCGCCGGUCCAGGAAAGAUGGGGGGCCCGGGCAUGGUGUUCCCCUGUGGCUUCUGCCUGUCAGAGGUGCACGAUGACCAGGAUGCCAUCUUGUGCGAGGCUUCGUGCCAGCGCUGGUUCCACCGUGACUGCACGGGCCUGACUGAGCCGGCCUACGGGCUGCUGACCCGGGAGAGCUCUGCCGUCUGGGCCUGCGACUUCUGCCUCAAAACCAAGGAGAUCCAGGCUGUGUACGUCCGCCAGGGCCUGGGCCAGCUGGUGGCUGCCAAUGAAGGCUGAGGAACUGGAGGCGGAGGAGGAGAGACUGGGAGGGGUGCAGGGGAAGAGACAAUGACUGCUCUGAUCUCUCUCACCCAACCUUAUCUGAUAAGCCGUUUACAAUGCCCAAAUCUCUCUUUUACAUACAUAAACACACUUACACCCACUGGCCAGUUUAUUGGGUACAGGAAAACGGAUCGCUCCUAUAGACAAUGAGUCAUGUGGCCGUGGCUUGCCAUGUAAAGUAGGCAGACCGGCAUCGAGUCAUUCAGUUACUGUUCGAUUGAACGUUAGAAUGGGUAAAACAAGUGACCUAAGCAAGUGACUUUGAGCGUAGUACGAUUGUCGGUGCCGGGGGCACCGGAUCCAGGAUCACAGACUCCCUCCUGGGCUUUUCACGCACAACAGUGUCUAGGGUUUACUGAGAAUGGUGUGACAAACAAAACAUCCAGAAUCGUGCAAGCUAUCAGGUGGGCCACAAACAGACAAAUAACGGCGCAGUACAACAGUGAAGUGCAGAAUGGYAUCUCGGAACCCACAACUCAUCAAUCCUUGUCAAGGAUGGGCUGUUGCAGCAGAUGACCACACCGGGUUCCACUCCUAUCAGCUAAAAACAAAAAGAAGCGGCUUCAGUGGGCACGUGAUCACCAACAUUGGACAAUUGAGUGGAAAACAUUGCAUGGAACAUUCAGGCUGUUCUGGAAGCAAAGCUGUGUACGACCCGGUACUAGAUGUGUGUACCUAAUAAACUGGCUAGUGAGUACAUGAAGCACUUUUAGUGACUCUUUUGGACUGAACAACUGAUUUCCCCGUACAUGACAAUGCCCUGUCCACAUUAUCCCCCCCCCCCCCCAGACAUUUGGCCUGGCGACAAGCAAAGCACUGACACCAACACACUACCUCAUACUUUGUGACUGACCAACACAGACCCCUCACUGACAGACUGACUUGACUGGCCCCUGGUGGGAGCGUGGUCAUCUUACUUACAUACAUGCAUACAUACAUACAUGCAUACAUACCUGGUUUUGACCCAGAGCAGAUGAAUCCAAAGGAGACCCAGGCCACUCCUCAAUGUACUAGACUGUCCUCCCACCCACAACACCUCCAGAGAGAAAAGAAUGGCGCCACAGAAAAAAUUGUAGAUAUGUAGCCUGAACGUUUGCCCAAAACACGCCUCUGUCCAUCUUGGAAUGCAGGAGAAUCAACCAAUGAACAAAAAAAUGUAAUUAUAUUAUGUCUUGGAUAUGUCAAUGGACUUUUUGUUUUUAUACAUUGAAUCAACCAUUUUUAUAUCUAUUCUUCACUGGACACAGAAGUUGUGAUAUCAGUGCUGUUGGAUGGUGUUGGAAUAGCUACAAGUAGUGACAUCAUGGUCAUAUCCAAUGUGUGUACUAGUCUUUUGGGAAUGCAUGUGAACAAAUGCAGUAACUUUGUCCAAUCUGUUUUUAUUUGUAAUUUGGUCUCUGCUAGAGGCCUCGAAGUAGACCAAAUAACAGAGCGAAAAAUAUCAAUGUUCAUAUUAUUGUCAUGUCAGGUGUUUGUAAUUUUCCUUCUUAAAAAAAAAAAAAAA